AUGAGGACGAAGUGGAUUGAAGCGAAGAAAAAUGGCGAAACAAAGCAAGAACAACUGUUGCGGAAAGAGGAGGAGGAAUUGAGCAAAAUUAAUUCGAGCAUGGGCGCUGUGAUUUUGAAAGAUUUAAAGGAGCAUGCAAAGAAUCGCAAAUGGAAGCAGCACAACAUUGAUCCAAGAAAUGCAUCACGAACACCAUCCGCUUCGAAGGAGCCAGUGUACCGUUUGCGGUACGAAUCACCGAUCGGUGCGUCACCGUCACGACAUUUGGAUCAUCAAAAGCCAUUUUACGAGGACGAGGUUUUCGAACGGUCAACCAGCUACCGAGGAUCGGUCGGCAGAUCGAUUGGUAAUGCACCGAGUUAUAACGCAAUACAUUCAUAUCGAUCCCCGCCGAAACCAGGCUAUGGUUUUAAGACAUCGACACUACCAUCAUCCAUUGGAUAUCGUAAUGGGUACAGUUCUGAUUUUUCAUUUGGAGGCCUUGGUGAUAAAACUCACAGCACAGAGUUCAGUUGCGGAAAAUCAGAUGUGUCCGUGGAUUCGAUAACUGAAGGCGAUCGACAAGCACUGAUGGCCGACUUGCCAGCAUCAAGCACAUAUUCCGGCGUAAUGUCUUAUCAUUAUCCACAAGCCGGUCUCAUUCGUCGUAGUCUACCAAAUAUGGCCCAUUCAAUGCUUGUCCAUGAACCAGCCAAAAUUUAUCCAUACCAUUUACUACUUAUAACCAAUUAUCGUCUACCAGCUGACGUAGAUCGUUGUAAUUUGGAGCGUCAUCUGUCUGACGUCGAAUUCGAGGCGAUUCUACAGUGUACCAGAUCCGAAUUUUAUCGAAUGCCGCAAUGGCGUCGAAACGACAUCAAGCGAAGAGCUCGUUUGUUCUAGUUUAGGAACGAAAAUUUUUUGGAUAAAAUUUUCCUUGUUUUUUUUGGUCUGGCACCUGGAAAAUCAUAUGGGAAAUUUUUUGUUUAUAGAGAUGAGUCUAUAUAAUGGAAGUACUAAAUAGCAUUUCGUCUUUGAUGGAUUAAUGGUCUUAAGGAAAUAUCAAUCAAAAGAAACAAAAAAAAAUUGAGAAUUUUUUUUUGCAAAAGAAAACAAAAACUUAAAAAUUAAAUUAAAAUUGCGAAUAAGUUGCAUUAAUGCCAGCAGAGAGAUAGAUAGAGAGCGAAAGAAAGAGAGAGAGAGAGAGAGAGGAUUUAUAAUAUAUUAUGAUUAGGGAAACAAAUUUCUUUUUUAAAAUUUUUCUUUUCUUUUGAAAGAGUCCAAUAUUUUGAAAUGACAGUGCUUAGUGCUUUUGCCGGUGGCUUUUUAGAUUAAUAUUUGUUAUAUAAGGUACCUAUAAAUAUGGAAAAACAAACAAUUUGUAUAAUUUAUUUAAAAAUUAUGUUUUAAAACAGCAACACAUUUAAUUCGGACGGCUAAUGCCAUCUAUUUAUCGACAGCGACGAUGACGAAAACAACCAUUUGGACUCUUGUGAGCUCUUACGUUAAAACCAUUGAAGUAAUAGAUUUUGUAUCAAGCACUAGACGAUACCCUAUGAAUGGGAGAUUUAAUAAUAAUUAUAAUGACGAGCUAAUCUUGCCGAUACGGAACGUUAAGUUUCUAUCGUUUUGCGAGCAGAUUAAGGAAAAUAUGUUAAAUUUCAACAUCACACCAAACUAUCGACUUUAAUUGUCAGAUAUGUAGCGAACAUCACCUUUUUUGCGGUCAUGUUAAGCCGAAAUGUUAGCUUUAAUUUCAAUUGGAAAUUCUGAAGAAUCUUUCCAAGAGCUCUGUAAAGCCAAUAGGAAACCAAUUGAUAAAAAUUGCUAGAUGAAUUGGUUUCAUACAAAAGAGCGAUUCGGAAUUGCAUUUUGAUCCGGUGAUGUCAGGCCUGGCCUUUCUUCUAAUGCAUUUUUAAAAUGUUGUUGAUUUUCAUCUUCAAUUGAACGCCAAUCUUCGUACAUCCCAUCCGUCUAUUUUAACAUUAAAAAAGAGGAUAAAAUAAGGAACGGCCAAACCUUAGUUCAUAAUUUGGUUUAAAAAGGACGAGAGAAUUUCGGCGUUUUUCUAUGACUUGACGAAAAUUUGUGUCUACAAGUUGAUCUGUCUCUCGGUUCAAGAAGUGUCUUAAUUGUGCUGUUUCUGAGAAAAGCAUUUUUGAAUAUGAGCAACUUCGCCCUGCAGCUAAUUUAGGGUAGCUAAGUAAGUUUUUUAUUAGUACAACGAUUACUUAUUCAAUUAGAUGUUCGAAAUUGAGGAUAAAUUUGAGAUUUUUGUAGAUUUUUUAACAAGAAAAAGUCGGUGUAAAUUUUGCUAAUUAGAAAUUAGUUUUAGCUAUCGAUGACGUGCAAGACUGCUCCGCUUGAUGGGCAAAUGGAAUUAUGUAGAAUUCUGGACAUAUUAUGGACGGAAGGGAAACAGGUCUUACGAUCAGUCCAAAAACUAAAACUGUUCCAUGACUUCCGUCACAAAAAAAGCCGGGAGAACAUUUUCAUUUUAAGAGACAAACUGUCAAACAGUUUCAUUUGGUGUCGUUGUUUAUUAUCACAAAUCCCCUUUCAUACAAUUUCCGUGUAGAAGAUGACUGUAGUCAGCUACUGUUCCUUGGCUCCGUAGCAUCUUUACUGCAACAGUAUAAAGUUAACUUUUGGUGAAGUUUGAACGAUGGCGUCAUGAAAAUUAAAAACAAAUCUGCGAAGAAUUGACCUGAAACCCAAACUGACUUCACAAUUGUAUGAAAAUUACUGGUGACGUCAAAACCUGACUUAACAGGGUAAUUGAAUCAAAUAAUCAAAUUUGUAAUGCCGCGGAUAAUCAUGGUCGUCAUUUUCCUUAAUUUGUUUUGAGGUACCUCGGCGAUCUCACUUUGUUUUGCCCAAUUGAUUUCAUUAAAGUACCUACCCAUGUUGUACACUUUCAUAUUUCAACUACAUUUGUCCACUUUUAUCGCAAUUUUAAGUUUGCAACGAGAAUUUAACAAUAUGCAAUAGUCAAGUCGAAGACACAGGCCAUGAUUGAACACACGAAAAGGUUCGUAAUGAAAAAUCUUUCGAUAAAAAAAUUGUGACUAUUCGAAAGGAAAAAAGAGUUUUCUGCGAAUGGGAAUCAUCGUAAUUCACAACACAAAACGACGUCAAUAUGAAAGUAGCUUGUUUCGUCCGGUGUGUUAAACUUUUAGUUUCUUUGAGUUGUGAAAAGUACGGUGUACAACUCGGGGAUAAAAGUGAAAGAUGCCUUUGGUCGGUUUAAAAAAGUACGUUGAAAAGCAACUUUCCUUUUUUGUUUCACCUGCAAAUUCUUGUUCUUUACCAUCUCUUUCCUAGGGCUUACUUUUUGGUGAAAUUCAAUUUCCUUGAAUUCAUCAAAUUUCACCGAUUUUCCUAAAAUUUUCACCGCAAAUUUUCAACUCAAAUGUAAAAUUAGGUAGACUUUUGUAAAAUUUGGAGAGAGAUUUGAGGACAUUUGGUGAUGUCCAAGGAAAAAUUCUGUCGCAGAACGUUCGUGGAUGUCGCGUCGGUAGACGUACAUUUUUUUCUCAUUUUUGAAGAAAGGAAUUUUUUUAUUGGAAGGUUUAAAAGUGGACAUGGUAUUGAAAAGUAAGGAAAAGCUUUCUAUGCUGAUUAAAACAAAACAAAAAAAAAAUUAAAAAAAUUUAAGAUCUAAGUAAAUAUUCAAAUUAAUAAGAAAAAAGAGAAAAAAAUUCAACAAAACUUUGCUUUUCGAAUUAAAAGAAAAACAAAUUUAGAAAAGUAAAACUUCUAAAGUAAAAACACAAAAAAACGUAUAAAUGUAUUUAGAAAUUGCUAUGUCCCCUCUUCCUGCAAACAAACAAAGCAUCAAAAAUCCAACAACCAAGAAAAGUAUAAAUAUAAAGGGAAAAAUUCAAAUUAAUUACAAAUACCUAAAUGAAACAACAACAAAAA